GAAGUGGGCGGGAGCCCCCGGGAGGAAGCAAGACCGCAGGCGCCUAGGUUGCAGGGCUCGGCCGCACCUUGCGGGCGGGAAAGGGUGACCCAGCCCCGCUCGGGUCGCGCGGACGCCCCGGGGGCUUCCCGACCACGGUCCCGACAGGUCGCCGCGCAGCUCUUCUCCGGGAGUCCCGGGCAGAGAGCGGGGAGGCAGGAGCUGCCGGGGCAGCGGGCGCGGGGCUUCGGAGUGAGGAGCCACGCUGCUCCACGGAAGAACCGGCGGCGCCGAGUAUGCGUCAGCAGUACAUUCACGUUCUGACUGAAGGACAAAAGGAUGAGAGAGCAGUCUGCGUGGCUGCUGCCUGCAACACCGCAAGCCGGGCGCGAGGAGGAGACGGUGGGCGCCGCGCGCGCGGUCUCCGCUGCUGCUGCUGCUGCCGCCGCCGCCGCCGCUAACCAGCGGGGACCAUGUUCCCGGGCUCCGGAGCGCUCCCCGCAGCCUCGACCCCCGCUGCUCACGCCGCCGCCGCCGCCGCCGCCGCCGCUGCCGCCAGCGCUCGGGCCGCUGCUGCAGUGCGCGGGCAGCGCGGCUACUGAAGGAGGCGCCCGGCGCCCCGGCCCCGAACGCCGCCCCCGGACUCCGAGAGGGGGCCUGCGCUGCGGGCGCGACCCCGGCCGCGGGCCCGCGGACCCCGCGCUGCCUCCACGCCGUGGCCCCUCGGGGGGGCCGGACGGAUUACCGCUCCCGGCGCCGGCAGCCGGCGGACUGGGCUCCGGAGCAGCCGGGCUUCGGUCUUUUUAACCCCUAAGCGGAGAGGCGAGGGAAAAAGGGGGUGUGUGCCCGGGGAGGGCCCGGCGCCGCCAGCACCGCCGCUUAACUCUCGCGGCCCCGCGAAGAGCGCGGACUGCAUCGCCGCCGCCCGCAGAGGGGCAGCGCAGCGGCCUGGGCGCCCCCUCACUCCCCGCCGGGGGGCGGCCCCGGGGAGCGCUCGGGCUGGGGCCGCCGCAGCCACACGCCAGCGAUGAGGCGGCUUCGCCCGCGGCUGGUGGGAGCCGGUGCCAGGGUCCAAGGACAAAGCCGGGAAGCGCUGGUGGCGCGGCUCCUGCUCCUCGGGCUGGCGGGGGGGCAUGCACCUGCAUAGCCCGCCGGGCCUCGCUCUCCCCGGCGCGCCUCAACUCCGCCGCUCCGCCGCCGCCAGCUCCGGAUUUACUAGAAGCCAUUUUGCCUCCCCCUCCCCUCCCCUUCCCCUCUGCCCUCCCCGCCCCCUCGACUUCCCCCCUUUUGUUAAUUAAAACUAAGAAGUAAGAAUGGGGACGAGGUGGCCGGCUCCCGUGGAGAACGCUUAAGGACACCACGCCAAUUCUUUCCUCC